AUGAAUGUGCACCCUAUGAUUUCGUCAACCCUCUUCCUGAUACUAGGGACAUUGGCUUCUUUCUUACCUAUAAUAUUACCAACUGCUGUUAUUCCGCUAAAGCCAGGAGAGCGUCUAAUGAAAGUGGAAAAAUCGUCUGGCCCGAAAAUCGUCUUCUUUCUGUCCUCCGAAAAAGAAAAAGGAGUUAGAAUAUUGACAUUAUCAAUUGCCCACGUGAAAGCUUUAAAGCAAGGUUCGCAAGACAGUCAGAAUCAGAAAGAGAGGUAUGCCUUAAAAGAACCGUUAUCCCACAGGGUUUAUCCCGCUAAACAGCUCUUAGUCCGCACUUCUAUCGUGCAUUCUAAGACCAUGCCAGCCUAA